UCGAAAAAAGAGAGCCUUAUCAGCACUUCGAACAUAUUAAUCUUUACGACACUGGUUAUUCAUAUCUCACAAAAAUUGCCUAUAAAAGUGGAGGGAGUUCGAGCAGGCGACACUUUUAGUCGUACUAAAGCACUAUUAAGAGUUUGCGCCAUGGAUUUCCACACCGCCACCGAAAAAGCGAAAGCCUUCACCAAGCGCCCAACUGAUGAAGAGUUCUUGGAAUUCUACGGUCUCUACAAGCAAGCCACCGUUGGUGAUGUGAACGUUGAGCGUCCUGGUGCAUUGGACUUGAAGGGCAAGGCCAAAUGGGAUUCAUGGAAUAAGCACAAGGGUCUGUCCAAGGCAGAGGCAGAGAAGGCUUACAUUGCCACCUAUGAGAAAUAUGCACCCAAAUAUGCCUAAAUCGAACAACUCAGGAGGAAAUUAUAGACUUUUUAUUAUAAAAUAGUACUGAUGUGUGGAAAAUCAUAAAAAAAAAAUAAUAAACAGAUGUGUUAGAAUUUUUCAUAAAAAA